AUGGAGCUCAUCUUCGGCAAGAAGUUUAAGCUGGAGGUUUGGGAGAAGCUAUUGAAGACCAUGAAGUUGAAGGAAGUUGCUGAGUUCACCUGUGAUACAAAGCAUACAGCCGUGUAUCCACUAGUGGCUAAAAGUUUGAGGGACAUCUUCAAGGGAAAGACUGACCACCACGCUACUUCCCACUGCUGUGGAAUGAUGGCCAUGGCUGACGGGACUGGCUACCCGGAUCUGAAUGAUCUCAUGAAAGAACCAAAGCCUCUGAUUUUUUGUCUCGAGCUCUUAAAACUGGAGCUGCCGGAGCAGUUUGAGCAAGAGAGCUGGACCAUGAACAAGGACGAGAAGCUGGAGAAUAUACCCAAGCUGAGGGAGGCAGGGAACCAAGCGUAUGCCAGGAAGGAUUAUGAGGAAGCUGCCCUGAAAUAUGCUCAGGCACUGGGGAUGUUGGAGGACUUGAUGUUACAAGAAAAACCCAGAGAAGCCGAAUGGAUGGCCCUGGAUGACAUUAAGCGCCCUCUGUUGCUGAACUUUUCCCAGUGCAAACUGCUCACUAAGGACUACUACCCGGUUAUCACUCACACAUCGGAUGUUUUAGACCGGGAACCAGACAAUAUCAAAGCCCUGUUUCGACGAGGCAAAGCUCAUGCAGCCGUGUGGAAUGUCGAAGAAGCUCACGCAGACUUUGCCAGAGUUGUAGAACUUGAUCCCAGCCUAGAGGGCGCUGUGAAGAAAGAGCUGGCCAGUUUGGAGAAGAGAGUUAAGGCCAAAGAACAGCAAGAGAAGUCCAGGCUGAAAGGAAUGUUUGCUAGUUGA